CCCCCAAUUGCUAUAAGGCUAAAAAUAAAUUUUAAAGAACCUAACCCUAACGACACCGUAUUCCUAAUUGUGCCUCGCCGAUUCUCAACUCCACCUCCGUCGAUCUCUUCUCCGGCGAUCUUCUUCUCCGUUACCCCUCAUCUCGCUCUUUGUCACUCUCUCUCUCUCUCUCUAUACACACACACACGCAGAGAGAGACACACACAUACAUUCAUUGCUCAUUGCCUCGACUUGCUGGUUUAACUGGAAAGAAAGCUCGAGAGAUCGAUCGAUCAAAUAUGGCGCAAGUUCCCAAUUUGGAUAACGCUCCCAUAAAUCUGAAAUCUCUAAGAGAUCAAUCGCUGAAAGAACUUAUUACGGUUUUGAAGAACAUUAGGGGGAAAAAGUGUUUGGUAAUUGAUCCUAAGCUUGGCGGGUCACUCUCUCUUAUUGUACAGAGCUCACUUCUCAAGGAGCAUGGGGCCGAAUUGAGGCAUCUUAAUGCGGAACCAGUUCAAACUGAUUGCACGAAAGUAGUUUAUCUAGUCAGAGCUCAGCUUGACUUGAUGAAGUUCAUUUGCUCACACAUCCAUAAUGAUAUUUCUAAAGGGAUUCAAAGGGAGUAUUUUGUUUAUUUUGUCCCUCGUCGUGCAGUUGCAUGUGAGAAGAUACUUGAGGAAGAAAAAGUUCAUCACUUGUUGACUAUAGGGGAGUAUCCCCUUUAUCUUAUUCCACUGGAUGAGGAUGUAUUAUCAUUUGAACUUGAUGUUGCUCACAAAGAGUACCUAGUUGAUGGGGACACUACCUCCCUGUGGCACAUAGCAAAAGCUCUCCAUAAACUCGAGUUUUCCUUUGGAGUGAUUCCAAAUGUGAGGGCCAAAGGAAAAGCAUCAGUUCGUGUUGCUGACAUUUUGAAUCGGAUGCAAUUGGAAGAACCUGUGAACACAUCUGAGAUGGGUGUACCUGAAAUAAAUACUAUCAUCCUCUUGGACAGAGAGGUGGAUAUGAUAACUCCAAUGUGUUCGCAGUUAACAUAUGAAGGGCUGCUGGAUGAGGCUUCAUGCAGUUUCUUGNGCACAAUAAAUUCUUGUUCAGAUGUGACCACUGGGAAAUACACAUCUACUAUUUUUUGUCUCUUUUUAAAAGAAAAAAAGAGUUGUCUUAUUUUGACGUUUUCUCCGUGCCUUAGACGUUUUAUUUCUCUGUUUGAAAUAUUAAUUCAUUGCCUUUGUAGUGACAAGUUGUUCAAAGAGAUACGGGACCAGAACUUUGAAGUUGUUGUCCAGGUUCUACGUCAAAAAGCAACUUCCAUGAAGCAAGAUUACUCAGAGAUGCAGACUACGACCCAGACAGUCUCCGAAUUGAAGGAUUUUGUCAAAAAGCUGAACUCAUUGCCAGAAAUGACUAGACACAUAAAUCUUGCUCAGCAUUUAACUACAUUUACAUCCAAACCUUCAUUCCUUGGCCGACUUGAUAUGGAGCAAACUCUUGUUGAGGCUGAAAGCUAUGAUAUAUGCUUUGAGUACAUUGAGGAAAUGAUCCAUAAGCAAGAGCCACUUAUCAAUGUUCUACGUCUUCUUGUCCUGUUCUCAAUAACAAAUUCAGGGUUGCCCAAGAAAAACUUUGACUAUUUGAGGCGAGAACUGCUUCACAGCUAUGGUUUUGAGCAUAUAGCAACCUUGAAUAAUUUGGAGAAGUCUGGAUUGCUUAAGAAACAGGAGACUAAAAGCAAUUGGGUAACAAUUAAACGUGCUCUGCAGCUCGUAGUGGAGGAUAUUGAUACUGCUAAUCCCAACGAUAUCUCCUAUGUCUUCUCUGGGUAUGCACCUCUCAGUAUUCGCCUGGUUCAACAUGCAAUUCGAUCUGGGUGGCGGCCGAUUGAAGAAAUAUUGAAGCUGCUGCCAGGUCCACACUCAGAUAUUAAGAGGGGUGGAUUUUCCAGCAGUCCGUCAUUGGACACAUUAAACGGGUCUUUGCAUGGCUCGGACAAAGUUGUUGAUGGAAGGCGUUCUUUGAUUCUUGUUGUUUUCAUUGGCGGAGUGACAUCUGCAGAGAUCUCUGCUCUUCGUUUCCUGAGCGGCCAGGAAGGGAUGGCAUAUGACAUAAUUGUAGCAACUACAAAAAUUGUCAAUGGAAGCACAUUGACAGAAACAUUUGUGGAAAAAUUGGGUUGACUUGCUACGUUUUUUUUGGUCGAUCAUCUCCGGGAAAUCUCUGCUGCUUGUGUGAUAGGGAUGCAUAGUUUUACUGCUGAAUUAUAUGUGACAUGAGAAGAUUGAGUGGACUUCCCGUUCCUAAGAUAUUUCUCUCGUGGCCAUUUGUCAACAUUUUUUCUACACGGGUUUGUACGAACACAACUGUGUUAUCUUUAUUGUGGUGUAGGCUUAGAACGCCCUCUGUGUGCUUCGAGUGGCAGCAGUCCUAUUUCUAAGAUUGGAGUUUUCUGUUACCUAUAUUAUGUUUGGUUCUUUCGAGCAACGUAAGAACAAGAUGGUGGAUUUAUUUGUUUUUUUCUAUCUAUAUUUUUCAGAACAUUAAUCGAUAUAAAUGGCAGCCUGGUGCAUUAAGCUCUA